AUGGGUCCGAGACGUAGUUUAAGGUCGCGCGUUCCAGCUGCAACAGCUUCGCGGAAGCUCGUGCUUCCAUCUUCACUUCACCUUCCUGACUAUCUGACAAAAUUCACAUCAACAUCCCACCGCCUCCGUCUUGCCCGUGACCGAAUUCCGCACUUUGAAUCAUCGUCCGCAUCGUCACACCGCCACCGGCGCCCUCCGCCCACCAUGGGUGAACCGCAGUACCUCUCAUACCCGACACUGGCCAUCGCUCAGGCCGUGUUUGCGCUGGCCUCACCCUCGACCGAUGCCACCAUCAAGCAGACAUCUCUCAAGAGUCUCCAAGAUGACAUACAAGAGCACAAGAUGGCGCCGCUGUACGCCUACCUGGCUCAUCCACAGACCGGCAAACUGAACGCAAGCGGCGAAGGCAGCGCCGCACUUUCGCCCACUAUCAGUAAAGCCAACCCCAGCACGAGCAGCGCCGCGCCUUCGCCUUUCCAUCUUCUGCGGCGGACUAGCAGCAUCAACCAACCCUCGAUUCUGGGCGUGCUGGGUGGCAACCGGGACACAAGUGUCGAGUUGCCGUGGGACGAGCAGCUGUACGAGCGGCUAAAGGCCGACAACGACAAGGAGCUUGCCGACAUUCAGAAGGAGGAAGACGACGCUGUGGAGAAUGCAGGCGAGACGGAAGUGCAGGCAGCAAGAGGGAAACGUGCCGAGUUCUAUGCACGCGUGGGCGACAAGGACAAGGCGUUGGAGGAGUUUGAGAAGCUGCUCGAAAAGACAAGUAUCUUGGGCACCAAGAUUGAUAUUGUGUUGGCCAUCAUCCGCAUAGGACUCUUCUUUGACGACAAGCUGCUCGUCAAGAAGAAUGUCGAUCGUGCGCAGCAGCUGGUCGAGAGUGGGGGUGACUGGGACCGUCGCAACCGAUUGAAGGCCUACAAUGGACUGCACCUGCUCACGAUCCGUGCGCAUAGCCAGGCCGCACCGUUACUCCUUGACUCGCUGUCCACAUUCACUUCGACGGAACUGUGCUCAUACAGCUCCCUCGUCGUGUAUGCCACGCUGGCUGGCGCAGUUAGCCUUCCUCGACGCCAGUUCAAAUCGAAAGUGGUCGACGCGCCAGAAGUCAUUGCCGUCUUUGGCAGUGCAAAUGAUACAGAUCGUCUGUCAGCUCUUGCUGGCAGCGCCUCCGCUGGACCAGCAGCCGGCGACGAGGAGAAGACGGAAUUGGAUGACUCAGCAACACCUGUGCCUACCGCAGUCAAUCUGACCACAUUGGCAACUGGAACAGCAUCCGCAGAGGCGCAGGCCAAGGCAGAGCCUAAGAUCGACUUCAAGCCACUCGCCAGCAUGAUCCAGAGUUUGUACAAGGGUGAAUAUUCGACCUUCUUCUCCAGCCUGGCCGCCGUCGAGCAGAACUUCUUGUCAACAGAUCGAUAUCUGUACGAGCACAAGAGCUGGUUUGUGCGCGAGAUGCGGUUACGCGCCUACGCGCAGCUGCUACAGAGCUACAAAGUGGUGGGCUUGCAGUCAAUGGCGAACAGCUUCGGAGUAUCGGUGGACUGGCUUGACAAGGAUCUUGCCCCGUUCAUCGCCUCUGACAGGCUGCCAUGCACAAUAGACCGUGUGCGCGGCAUCAUCGAGACGCAACGUGCUGACGACAAGAACAAGCAAUACAACGAUGUGGUGCGACAAGGUGACCAGCUUAUUACAAAACUCCAGAAGUACGGACAGGUCGUGCGUCUACGCGGUAGUGAGCGAAGCUAG